AUGGCAAGCAUGCUGUCUGUCAUUGUUUUCAUCUUGGUUUUGAAGCUUUCCAUUCUUUUUUGCCAAUUGAGAGACCCCAUGUGCUUUUGGAGAAUAAAGGACAAUGAAAAUUAUCUAGGAGAUAAAGAGGCUGAUUGUUUCUUUUUCAUUUCUACAAAGCAUGGUUAUGUAAAGAAUGAUUACUACAGUGGGAAUCUAGACAAGCAGGUGACACCUAAGACCAUCCUCUUCAUUUCCUCUGUUUAUUUUGCCAUUGAAGAAAUCAAUAGGAACAUUCAUAUAUUACCCAACAUUUCCCUACAAGUUAAGAUUGAAUGUAACUUAAUGCUGAAUCAUAUGAAAGGAGGUUUGUCUUUGAAAAGAAAGGAAAUUGUUCCUAAUUACCACUGCAAAAAUCAGAGAAGGUAUUUAAUUGUACUUACGGGACCUCUAUGGAUGACAUCAUACAAAUUUGGACCAAUCCUAUACUUCUCCAGAACACCAGAGAUUUACUGUGGUUACUUUCAUUUCCUAAAUGAUCAAGAACAGUUUUCUAAUCUCUACCAGAUGACUCCCAAGGACACAUCUCUAUCACUAGCCAUGGUGUCCCUAGUAGUUCACUUCAGAUGGAACUGGGUAGGAGUGAUAAUUACAGAUGAUGAGCAUGGAAUUGAAUUCCUUUCUGAAUUGAGAACAGGAAUGGAAAGAAGCACUGUCUGCUUAGCAUUUGUCACUCUUAUCUCAUACGAACGGUUAUUAUACUUUAAAAUGAUUCAUAAAUACUAUCGCCAAAUCAUAAUGUCAUCAGCAAAAGUUGUUAUCAUCUAUGGGGAUAAAGAAUCUCCUGUACAAUUUAACUUCAUAAUAUGGAAAUCUAAAGACAUUCAGAGACUCUGGGUCAGUGUUUCACAAUUUGAUAUGAUCACAACAAUAGGAGAUUUCAUGCUUAAUUCCUUGCAUGGGACUCUUAUUUUUUCACAUCAGCAUUCUGAGAUGUCUGCUUUUAAACAAUUUAUGCAGACAGUACACCCAUCUAAUUACAGUAAUGACAUGUCUUUCGCUAAACUAUGGUGGACUUACUUUAAGUGUUCAUUGCCACCUCCUAAUUGUAAAGGACUGAAGAAAUGUCCAACCAAAACACUAUUUAGAUGGUUUUUUGUGUCACCGCUUGGAAUGUCUAUGAGUGAAACAUGCUACAACUUAUACAAUUCUGUGUAUGCUGUGGCUCACUCACUUCAUGAAAUGAUUUUUCAACAUGUGGACACAUACUCAGUGAAUGAUGGGAAAGUACUGGACUAUAACUCCUGGAAGGUGUUCUCUUUUCUGAAGAACAUGCAAUUUGUAAAUCCUGCUGGAGACCUGGUAAACAUGGAUCAGAAUAGAAACCUGGAUACAGAGUAUGAUAUUUUCUAUAUCAUUGAUAUUCUAAAACAAUAUGGACUUAAAAUGAAAAUAGGAGUGUUUUCUGGUCAUCUUCCAAGCGGACAGCAACUCUUUAUAUCUAAUGAAAUGAUCGAGUUUGCUACAGACAUCAAGGAGAUGCUACCCUCUGUAUGUAGUAUUCCUUGCAGACCAGGACUCAGGAAAUAUUUUAACGAAGGAAAGGCUGCCUGUUGUUUUGAUUGUUAUCCCUGCCCAGAAAAUGAAAUUUCCAACAUGACAGACAUGGAUCAAUGUGUGAGGUGUCCAGAGGAUGAGUAUGCCAACACAGAUCAAACUAUCUGCCUCAAGAAAGUUGUGACCUUUCUGGAUUAUGAAGACCCCUUGGGAAUGGCUCUGACUGGUGUGGCUCUGUGCUUCUCUGUUCUCACAGCUGGUGUACUUUGUGUCUUCUUGAAACACCGAGAUACUCCAAUUGUCAAGGCCAAUAAUGAAACUCUCAGUUACGUCCUACUCAUCUCCCUCAUAUUGUGUUUUAUCUGUUCCUUGCUCUAUAUUGGUCAUCUGAGUAUGGCUAGCUGCAUCCUGCAGCAGACCACAUUUGCCAUUGUGUUCACUGUGGCUGCCUCUACUAUCUUAGCCAAGACAAUUACUGUAGUACUAGCAUUUAAGAUCACUGUUCCAGGAAGAAGACUUAGGUGGCUUCUCCUUUCAGGGGCUCCUAAUUACAUCAUUCCCAUAUGCACCCUGAUCCAAGUGAUCAUCUGUGUAAUCUGGCUGGGAACUUCUCCCCCUUUUGUUGAUUCUGAUCUGCACAUGGUACAUGGACACAUCAUCAUUGCUUGCAACAAAGGUUCAGUUAUUGCCUACUUCUGUGUCCUGGGAUACAUGGGCUCUCUUGCUUUCACAAGUUUCACUGUAGCUUUUCUGGCUAGGAAUCUGCCUGACACAUUCAAUGAAGCCAAGCUCCUGACAUUCAGCAUGCUGGUCUUCUGCAGUGUCUGGAUCACCUUCAUUCCUGUCUACUACAGUAGUAAGGGCAAGGCUAUGGUUGCUGUGGAAGUCUUCUCUAUCUUAGCCUCCAGUGCAGGAAUGCUUCUUUGCAUAUUUUUGCCAAAGUGCUACAUUAUUUUGUUGAGACCACAAAUAAAUUCUUUUAAUGAGUUCAGGAAAAUAUAUGCUAAAGCUAUAAAUAUUAAUUGA